AUGACGACCCAAGCACAAAACCGCGUCAGCGACCUCUCCGAGACGGAGUCCGAAUACGACGAUCCGGCCCCGCGAGCCCAAUCCCGCCGGAGGGGUCGAGGCCGCUCGGGCAGGAACAAGCAGCAAGCGGUCGGCCAGCAACAACAACAAGCCGGUCCUCUCCAGGGCGUGGCCCCCGGCCAGCAGCUCUCCCAGACAACCGGACAGAUCGGAGAGGUGGCCGGCGGCCUGACCGGCACGGUCGGGAAUACCCUCGGCCAGACGGCAGGUCAGGUGGCCGGUGGGGGAGGGGGAAAGAAGAACGAUACACUGCGGCUGAGGCUGGAUCUAAAUAUCGACAUUCACGUCGAGCUCCGAGCGAAGAUUCAUGGCGAUCUUGAGCUUUCGCUGCUGUGA